AGACCCCCCCUCACUUCCCAUCCCCACACGGCCAGACAAAACCAAAUCAAAAAUCUCUUUCUCUCUCCUCCCCUGACUCUUCCUACAUUCAACUAACAGUAUUGACUCAACUACAACACCACCAAAAAAAUGGAUGUGUUAACAAUGCUCAAAUUCUGGAAAUCAAAUACUUCAAAAGUCGCAACCACCACAAGCGAAGGCGAUGGUGCAGAAACCGUUGCUAAUUCCACCAUUUCCGAUCACCUUUCCGAAGAAACCGACGACGACGACGAUUCUUUCUUCGAAUUGGAGCUCACAUUACCUUCAUACGACUCCAAAUUCGACCUCACUUCUCCUUGCUCGAAGAAAUCCUCAAAAAACGACUUCAACGUCGAAGAAAGAGAAUCAGAGCCGAAACUGAAGUCGAAACCUCAAUCUCCGAUCUCGAUUCUUCGCUCAGCUCCUCCGAAGCUCAGAGUCUUCAUGUUUGGAAGAUUUAACAAGAAAUCGAAACGUGUUGAGGAUUUAUACGAAACGGAAAGCGUUUCUUCAUGUUAUUCUCCGAAACGGAGUAGUUCAAGCUUAUUUACAGUCAAAUUCAGGAUUGAAGACGGUUCGAUUGUUCCGAAGCUCACUCGUAGUAGUAGCAACAACUCAAGCGUUUCCACCACUAGUCCGAAGAUUGAAAAACAAACCUCCGACGCUUUUUCAGAAACCUCGAAACGUUUCUCGAAAGACGUCGUUCAGAAAUACUUAAACCUCAUUAAGCCGAAAACCUCGAAAAAAUACAACGAUGGCGAGAAAUUCGUUGCUUCUCCAACAAGAUCAUCAACGACGUCGUUUCCGUCGUCGAAGAAAGAGAAAGAGGAGAAACAGAGCAGUCGUUUUAGCGUGAGAUGUAAGCAGUUAGGAAAAUGCAAAUCAGCUUCAGCUAUGAUCGGAGUUCCUUCUCCGGCGAAUUUUCCGGCGAGAAAUGAUCAUCCUCAAGACGGUAUUGAAGGCGCUAUUCUACACUGCAAGCGUUCUUUCACUUCUCCAAUAGGACAUUCAGCACUAUCGAGAUGUAGCAGUGAUCCAUCACAUGAGAAGUCAAUUCAAGUGUCAGAGGAAAUCUGAGGGAAAAGAAAAUGAAAUGAUUAUAUUGGUGCUACCUGUAAACUUUUGUUUGUUUGUAUGUUGGUUGUUAUUUAGGAGAGAGAAAGAGGCGGGAAAAUCUUUCUCCCAAAAAAGAUAUUAGUAUAUUAAUCAAUAAUUAAUUAGGGUUCAAAAAUUGGUACUACUGUGUUUUACUGAGAAUUGUGAAGGAGACAAUACUAGAAGAAAAUCAUAAUUAGGAGACAUAGUUUGGUGACUUUCUCUGUUUUAGAGAGAGAAAAUUGAAAGGUUUUGGUUUUUUGAUUUUUUUUGUAUUUAUUUUAGGUGGUUAAUUUGUUACUAGAGUGAAGAAUGAUGAUGAAGAAGAAUUUGGGAGAUGAGCGAUGACCAGUGAUGUAUGACGAGUGAGCUUAGGUCACUUGAGUCGUCUUGUAAAGCAUUAUUAAACUGUUUGUUAAUGAUGAUGGCUUUUGUAAAA